GCGCAAGGAGGAAAGUAGUGAAGGGACGACCGUUAGUGAGGGGAGUUCGAAUGGGAAAGGACGACCCCGCCAUCGCCACAACCACCAUGGGGCGCGGAAGAUGGGUAUUAGGAGACACAGCAAGCCAAUGAAGAGUCGAUUCGAUGGUCUCGAGCCCGAGUUUGAAGGUCCGCUCCUUGCGGAUGAUGAACUUUGUGCGGGUGCCGAUGCUGAAGGGACACCGGGAAGUCCGACAUCACCUGCUCCCCAUUCGUAUCCCUCACCCAAACAGUUGUCUAUGUCUCUUCCCAUUGCAUCUCAUUUGUCACCUCAAUCCCAAUCCCGUUCCCGUUCACGCACCCACGGUAUCAGUAUCACUGGUGCCGGUGCGAAACCCCUUCACUCGACCUCCAAACGUUCUUCAUUCGCGUACGGCACGCCUUCACUUCUGCUCAAAGUUGCACUUCCAUUUCAUUCAAACUCCCAAGCCCAGUCCCUUUCAUGCUCGCCUUCUCGUCAUAGUCAUAGUCAUUCUCGCCAGUUUAGUGCCCCUAUCAAUGGCCUUGGCAAGAGGACGGCUGAGGCUGUCCUUUCCACCGUCAAUGCCAUUUCUUCCUCCGUCCCACAGACGUCUUACUUCCCCUCGACCUCACAACACCACCCAAGCCACCUCUCGAACCCCCCCACCGAUUCUAUGGCGACAGCCAUGCCUCUGAGUAGCAGUAAAACUCGACCCUCCCACAGCCGAGUCAACUCGGCCGAGCUUACGAUGAAUAUUAAUGUGAUGGGACCUACAACAAUACCUGGGGGGGCGAUCGCAUAUUUGAAAAAAACCAGCACGGAGAGUUAUGUGCCCACAUAUCCAUUGAAUCCUAUUCCUGUUAGGCCGGGGGAGAAGAGGAAACAGUUGUUCCAUUUUGCCAGGGGUUGAGUUUUAGUCGUAGCGACUAUCGGAGGUUGGGCGAUGAAAUGCGGGGAACAUGGUUUUUUUUUUGGGCUACGGGUUAUUCGCACGCUUUCUGGGCUCUACGA